CUUGAUUCCCCGAAAGGCAAAUAUUUGAGGCCGUCAUCGAUCGUUCCACAGAGUCAAUCAAGUUAUUCAAGAGUGCUGAAUGUGGAUCUCAAAACUACCGCAUGUUGAUAUUCGCGAUCAAAGCCGUCGGUUCUGGAGCAAGUUGUUUCGAGUUUGAUGAAGGAUUUGCUUCCCCAGGAUCUCCAUAUAGGUAUUGCACCAUCUUGGAGACCCAAUGAUCACAACAACUACGAACAUACAUUCGUUAGUAUGAGCUCGAUAAGUAUAUCGGACUCGAAGUAGAUGUAGAAAAAGAUAAAAAGCACAUACGAAAGUAGCACGACAGCAUCAAUGCCUUUUGUUUGAAAAGCCAUGUGUACCUAGUGUUCACCCAAGAUAAUUGUCCGGAAAAUACUUCUUCAGCAUUGAUUUUUUUGCGCAAGGAAAAUUUUUUGAUAAAAUCAUAGACGACCACUUCUACUAGUAUUCUCGUAAGAUUUUCUUUUUCCGGAAAAAAAAAGAGACUUUUUGUAAAAUCAUUGACAACUAUUAGCACAAGAGGGAGAGGCAACAGCAUUCAUUUAUCAAUAGGCAUCAGUCAUCAGUUUGUGUUUUUCUUUUUUCCGAUUUUUUCUCUACCAACCUACUUCACGACGGAGCUGCAACAGAAAGUACAAAAUGUUGGCAAGAAAGCUCCGGCUGAUCUUGUCUGCAGAGUUCUUCCCGCUGUGUGGCCUUUUGCUCGGCGCUUCCUGCUGCUUCCCGACUGUUUUCGGGGUAAAAGUGCAGCUCUCGGCUGCUGCUGCAGCAGCAGCAGCAGAUGGGCCCACUCCAACGAUACCCGCCGCUCCACCGGCGUCUUUCGACAUGGUGGUGAAGGCCACGCCGUCCAAGUUUCUGUACCAAGAAGGCGGGACGCACCGCAUCCACCUGCUUUUCCCUCUCUCGAACGCUGCGAAGAUUCAGGGGGAGCACGCUAUUUUUAACACGGACAACACCUGCCAGUCCGCCAAAGAAGCGCAGGUCUUUGUGUUUGGGGAAGAGCACUCGGAUGAAGUGCACGGCAGCCGGCCGAACGUGCUGAACGGCAAGAAUGUGGUGGUCCGGGCAAGGAAGGAGAUGAGUGCGUUCGAAACUUUCCUCCAGCGGGUGGUAGACCGCGUGCCCGUUGCCUCGGUGGUUCCGAACCCGGGCUUCGAUCAGCUCUGGGGCGCGGACGCACACGACGUGCUGCGCAACAUCCGCAAGCGCAGUGCGAUGCUGCGGACUUACGAACCAUUGGUGACCACUUUUGUGGACGAUCCGGUGAUUCAGAGCGGCAUGAUAGGCGCUCACCCCAAUUUUCCACGACAAUUGAUGGAAGUAGUCAAUGGAGACGCAGCGCGGGCCACGGGAGUGUCCUCCGACGGCGCCGACGGGGUGAUCAAUCUGCGCACCUUCAUCAUCGACCCGGUAGACCUAUGAGAAUGCACAGCUCCCCCUUCCCUCAUUUGAGUGUCAUGAGCAGCAACACUACACAAGCAAUGCCAGAAAUCUGGCUUCCGCAUUGCAAAUCUGGGAGCGGAUUGUGGUGCUGUUUGAGGCUCCAAAAUUUGUCUUGCAGACUGUCCUGAGAGACAAGAUGUCGAUUUGGUAUUUUGUACGAAAAACAAUGAGGGAGAGGGGGAGUUGUGCACUUUCAUAAAACCCGGACAACUACCACCGGUGGGGCGGCGUGCCAUCCCAACACAUCGCCGGAAAGAGGCACGGAUCCCGCCACACAGUGAACCUGGACCGGUUGCCGAUGACGGUUGAAAAUGUGCAGGUGGCGGCCGGCCCGCAGCGCUUCAGAAUGUCGGUUGGGAAUGAUCACUCCUGGAGAAACGCGCUGCUGAACGAGCUUCGCCAGCAGGUGCAACAGGCGGAUCCGGUGUCCGGAGCAGAGGUGCGUAGGAACCGCUACGAGUGGAAGCAGGCCGAGCUCGCGCAGGAGCAGCGCGAGUCAGCCGCGGCUGCUACGCCCGGGGGCAGUAGUAAUUCUACUGGUGCACCACUCGCAACCUGGAUUGCCGCAAACGCGGCAGAGAUAGCCGCGGCGGCCUCAUCUACUCCCGGUGGUGGAGAUAGUGAUGCUCAGCUGCCUGUGCACGCAGGAGAUUGGACGAGUCCCGCCUUUCUGGGAUCGAAAAGUAUUGCCGAUGUGAAUGCUAUUUACCGCGCGGCUGCGCAGAAAGUCUACGCAGCCUUGCAGGAAAAGCACGGCUUAGAUUGGCCGGGGCUACAUCCGCUACCAAUUUUGGGGCUGAAGGUGGCGCAUUGGGACGACCCGGAGAUUUGCUACAACUUGAGCGGCUACAAUACAGCGAUGUUUGGUGAUGAUGACGAUGCGCCCUUUGCCGGGAUCAUGGCGAAUUUUCCUGGAUCUCAGACUACGCUGCGCGACGCAAUUGCACACGUGUUCUUCAGCUGCUUGGCAGCGGCGGCCGGCCCCGACAAAACGGCCAGCGAUGUGCAGGCAUUGUUGAAAGGCCCCACGGCCGAGCUGCCGAACCCGUUCCUUCUGGAGGGUCCGGAUGCCAGUGUGGAGAAGUUUGCCGACAUGUUUUCCGUGUUUGUCGCACUGAUCAGCACCUACCUAGACGCACAGGGCAUUUUUUCGCGCGGCAACGGGGGCGCGCAGGUGGGGCUUUUCUUGGUGAAGAGCAUGAAAACUUGGGCGAAAUACCCGCGCUCGCUCUUCAGUGCGGUGCAGCCUUCUGGCUUGACGCGAGGGCACCGUUUUCACAGGUCUGGCGGAGCGCAGCCGGCGUUGCACGAUGAUGCCUCCAAUUGCGUUACUUGGGGCCCGACCAGCCCAAGUCGGGCCGACUUGGGGAACCAGUACCAUCGUUGGGACUGCACGAAAGUUCCCCACAAGAACCCACUCCGCAUGUUCACAGACGCCAAGAAGCCCGAUGAUUCGGGGAGGACGUUGCUUUGGCAUCAAAUUUUGAACGUGCUCCAGGCGAUCGUGUUGAACCUGGCCGACUGGGGGCAUGUGUACUUCACCCAGGACGAGCUCCACACUCCGGAAAAGCAGGCUGAGCUCGGAAUCUCCGCGGACUGGGGCGCGGUCAGUACAUGGAAUGAAUCGCGGAAGAAACUGACCGCGUACCGAAAAUUGUUCGACAUCACCACGACCGUGUCCGACCACGUCGACGAGGCUGAGCGCGUGCGCAAGAUUGUCUGGUAUGCACUGCAAAGCUGUCCAAUUCUGGGUCUGCAAAGUUGUCGCGUUGCCAAUGUGAAACUCAGUAAAGUUAGUAGCAUAAGAAAAUAGUAUGCAACCGAGGUGGAACUCGAGCGCACGAUACUGAAGUUCUAUUUAUGAUCGGAGCAGAAGUGCGUGCCCCUUGCCUAAGCGUACGCGUACUGGGCGAGGGUCUUCCGUCCAACUUUGGCGCUUUUGCAUAACAUCUGCAAGAAAACAUGACUCGGGCCUGCUUUACUUCGUUGUUAGUGUGAUCAUCAUGUAACAUGACCAACAUGACGCAGAGAGGUCUUUAUUAGGAAUUAUGCAGCGAGCAUUUGUAUUUGACUUUGACUAGUCCGUGCGCAAGUUUAUGAGAAGUCUAUGCAACGCCCUUCAAAAGGUAGGCUCAGAUAAUAGAAUGUUUGCACAGCUGCUGCAUAUCUGGGAACCGAAGCCGAUUCUGGAAAAGCUCGCGACGGACCUGGAGAAUAUCUGGCAAAACUUUUGGGUUGUCGAGAAGGACCAGGCCCACUUGGACGAGUUUGCCGUUUUGUUUCGGAACGCCGCGAUGCCGCGCAUGGGUAUCAGCCCGACCAUAGACCGGCGGGCGUACUCGGACGUGGCGGUGGACUACAGCAGCGCCUUGCAGAUCCCGUUUCUGGAGUACUGGAACAAGUACUACAAUAGCGACCGCGUGCGACUGAGUGCGAGGCUUGCGCCUUAUUUGAGCGCUGUCAACCACGCGCGCAACAGUUGGAGCUUGCUCGCGACUGCGCAUGACGAGGCGGUCGAACGGGAGAGCGGUGUCAGUCAUGCGUGGAAGGAGAGAAACAAGAUCCAACAGGAUCCGGACGCACAUCCCGGAGCCGACCCGACGACCGGGUUUCGCGGAAAAGAAACGUUUCGGCUGAAGCACAGCUUCGUGAAGGACAUCCGGCGGAGCAAGUAUAGCGUGGCAACGGAGAACGUGGCCCUGCAGAACACGCUCGCGACGGUGGAAAAUCUUUCGAUUUUCGACUUUUGGAGCACUAUCGUGCGUACUCGAAAAACCGUAAUUAGCGGCUAAGUUGGUACGGCCCACAGAACAAGAGCAAGCGAAUGAAACUUUUUCCGCACGACUGCUAGCUCCUGCAUUCUCCGACUUCCCAAGCUAAGUGCUGCAGGAUUGCUCUCCUUCUGCUUUUUCCCUGGGGGAAAAACCGCGCGCGUCCGUACUUGAGAUUUUGCGUUUUAUUCACUCGAUGACGAUGAUGCGCAAAUGCAAAAACUCUGAGGCAUAAGUUCCCUAAUGGCACGUGCCAUUAGGGAACUUAUGUUUUUGCAUUUUCGAAAAACAUAAGUUCCCUAUUGGCACGUGCAACUAGGGAACUUAUGGCUCGAGAUUUUGGGUUUUUUUUUUUUUUCACUCCAUCAUGCGAAAAUGCAAAAAGUCUGAGGCAUAAGUGGAGCUUAUGUUUUUGCAUUUUCGAAAAACAUAAGUUCCCUAUUGGCACGUGCAACUAGGGAACUUAUGGCUCGAGAUUUUGGGUUUUUUUUUUUUUUCACUCCAUCAUGCGAAAAUGCAAAAAGUCUGAGGCAUAAGUGGAGCUUAUGUUUUUGCAUUUUCGAAAAACAUAAGUUCCCUAUUGGCACGUGCAACUAGGGAACUUAUGGCUCGAGAUUUUGGGUUUUUUUUUUUUUUCACUCCAUCAUGCGAAAAUGCAAAAAGUCUGAGGCAUAAGUUCCUUAAUGGCACGUGCCAUUAGGGAACUUAUGUUUUUGCAUUUUCGAAAAACAUAAGUUCCCUAUUGGCACGUGCAACUAGGGAACUUAUGGCUCGAGAUUUUGGGUUUUUUUCACUCGAUGAUGCGCAAGUGGAAAUGCAAAGACUCUGAAGCAUAAGUUCCCUAAUGGCUCGGGCCAUUAGGGAGCUUAUGUUUUUGCAUUUUCGAAAAGCAUAGAAAUAGAUAUCCUAUUUGAGCGCGUAAAUAGGAAGCUACUCCUUUGAUGAAGCUUUGGUUUUUUUCCGCAAAGGGAGCGCUUUGAAGCUUUGGCUUUUUUCCGCAAGAAUAGAAGGGGAGCGCCUCGCCCUGGUGCAAGGGUUUUCAUUUCUGCUCGUGUCAUGGGGACCACGCACGGCGCGACGCAAUACUAGCUUUCUUGUGUUGUGGCUCGGAAAGAGUUACCACUUUAGCCGCUUAUUACGGUAUGCCGAGUACCGCGGCAAGUGCGCCGCACUCCGAGGCAUCGGAGGAAACCGCGAGACUGCUGCUGACGAGCGCAUUUUCGCUGCCCAGUAGUCGCGCAGCUCCAGGAGCUGCUAAUCAAGAGCAUGGAGCUGUGCCAGCGAAAGUGCAUUACCUGCAGCUUUUCCACAAAUACAUCGCCAGGAAUAACGUCCUCGGCCGGUUCGCGGAGUGGCACUACACGGUCGUGCAGCAGCACGUCGCGCGGCUGGAGUACCGCACGGAAACAAUGACUCUGGACAACGAGAGACUGUUUCACCUGCUCCGUCACAACUAUUUGCUGCAGAAAGCCCUUUCUCCCCCCGCAAAGCUCAGGGCACUGCUGCAUGCGGAACAAAACGGCACUGGGAACCAGCGUUGGAGUGGGAUGAGAGAGGCACUGACGCCGAACGCCAGCACUGCGAGGGCCGCGAUCUCCGAACUCUUGCACCGUAACCCACCGGAGUGGUGGACGCCGGCGGGCGCGGAGUCGCCGCGGUUGCGUGUCGAGAGCGACGCGGCCCACGGGCGGUUGCUCAUCAACGUUACCCCGGAGGAAAAGAGAUACCUCGAGCGAAUUGUGCAGCACCGCACGAAGCAUUUCUUCUUGUCCAAGACGGACGCGGCGAAGUUGUAUGUUAACGCGAACUUCUUCGCGCACGACGCACACAACCUCAUCCAGCACACAUUGCAGUUGUCGCACAAUGUCGACGCGCUCGACUUCUCGACCGAAGCGGCGCGAACAGAGUUUCAGGGAAAGUUCGACCGCUUAAUAGACCACCCGGCGUUUGAUUUGUUGCCACAAGACAAAGCCAGCCGUCGGGAAUCUUUCGGUGCAUGGCUGAAUGCUCGGGCUUCCCAGAGCGACGCGCUAUGUUCUCCGAAGGUUCUGGCCGCGCUGCUCAUUGGGAUAAGCGCUCCGGAUGGGUCGAUCGGCAGGGAUUUCUUCCUUCCACCAAAAAUCUCCACGCCGGGCCACGCUGCGCGCGCCGACACGAUACCGGGGAAUGUAGCUGCUUCUACCGAGAGAAGCGGUUUACACCUGCUCGCGGAGCAUCCGUUUCUCAUGUUCCCCAGCUUGGAAGAACAUGAUGUGAUUGGGAUGAAUGAUACCGUGGGGCAGCGUGUUUUGUCGCAAAUCGGGUACUUUUUGGAAGAUAUCUCAGAAGAGCAGUAUAGGGUUCUAAAAGGACUGCUAGUCCAGAACAUAGAAUUUUGAGCGACCACGUGACUACCUUGAAGAUGAUCUUGACGGAGAUGAAGCGGAGGUAGAAGUAUUGUUUUAAGCAUAUUAUGGAUAGUGUACAGGAGCACCGCCACGCUUCAGAUUGUCUCUAUAGCUGGAGCGCAGACGGCUCCGUUGCACCGAUGUACGAUUUUUUGGAAAAAUUGCGCGCCGCGGUGACCAGGUACGGUCAAGCUGGUGGGUAAAUAUUCUUCGUAUCGUGCGCAGCAGGAGCUGUUUCUGAAGAUCAAGAAUAUGAAGAAGACGCCCCUUAUAUUUUUUACAUCAAGUUUAUCAAUCUAAUAUCGAUGGCCCGCUUGCUACACGUACGAGAUGUCAUUGUACGUGCAUGCUUUUUUGAGUACAUACAUGUCGAUCGACUAGACUCUUGUGGUACUACGGAAUAAAACAUUUUUAGCAUAGUAAAUGUCGUCACUACAGCAACACGAACCUUGAACAUUGUUCCGUCUAGCAGCGGUUCGGACAGAUUGCAAGCAAAGACGGCGCAGACGCGGUUAUGUUACGUCGACUAUAAUCUAUCGCUUUCUCUACGAUUUCCCUUUACCAGAGUACUGCGCGUGCGUUACGUAGGAUGUUCAUCGUCGAAGCAGGGAAGCUAGAGAUCAAUCUGCACCGCACAGAAGUGCAGCAUAGGUCGUUCCAGGUUUUCCAUUCUGGAUUGAGUUGUGGCAAAACAAAAAAUUUUAAACAUACAAACAUGCUCUACCAUUUUACGGCCGUUGCUGGAGUUGCGAGUGCGUGACUUCAGCUGCGAGUCUGCGUCGCGGGGCAGAUAGACGCCCUCGCACGCAAUGCCACAAAGUCAAAAAAGCCUUAUUUUGUGCUCAGUAUUGUUGUUUAUCUUUAUGAUUUGUGAGUGUAUGAUAAGAUAAGAAGUAUACUGUAGGACUGUAGAAGCUGGCGUGCCAUUUAUUUUUAUGUCCGAUGAAGAAGGUCGUGUUGUAUAGACUGUAGAAUGCGAUUGCGAUAUCGCCAGGCGGCUGGGGCAUGGGACCGCCUCCAAUUUGAAAUGGCUGAACUCGCACAUGAAACACGUCAAUUCACUGUGAGCACAAGGAUUUUUGAGAUGGUGGAGCCGAAAGUG